ACCUUGACGGUCAUCAACAACGUUUUGAGGUUCAAGGUUCGCCCGGUUCAUUUCAAGCUAUUGAAAGUUCCGCAUAGCUACUUGCAGUCUCUGAAUUGAAUCUCUAGCUUCAUUUGACAGGCCUUUUGGUACUAUCAAACCACCUUCUCCGCCAGGGAUCCGAUUGCGGCGCCACAGACCUCAGUCACUCGUCCCGAGUGCCAAUCGCCCAGCUCAUUCCAAAGAGUCGCUUGACACGAAGAUCUUUCGCCAUGGGCCGUCUCGUAACCGUCGCCGCUUGCUCGCUGAGACAAUGGGCGCUCGAUUUUGAGGGUAACACUGAGAGGAUUAUCGACUCAAUCCGUCAAGCGAAAGCUGCCGGAGCAAGACUCCGCGUCGGACCGAGAUAUCAGGCUACUCUUGCAAUGACCACUUCCUGGAGCCGGAUCUUUAUCUUCACUGUAUGGAGAUGUUGGUUCGAAUUCUAUCAGAUGAGGAUUGUCACGGAAUUCUCCUGGAUAUCGGCCUUCCCGUUACCCACCGCAAUGUGAACUACAAUUGUAGGGUGGUGUGUCUCGAUGGCAAGAUCCUCUUCAUCCGCCCUAAGAUGCAUUUGGCCAAUGACGGCAAUUACCGCGAGAUGCGCUACUUCACCCCCUGGCUUCGACAGACAGAGUGGGAAGAGUUUCACCUGCCGAAGAGCUUGCAGAAGCUCCAGGGGGCCACGCAUGUGCCCUUUGGUGAUUGCGUCGUCAGCACACCCGACAGCUGCUUUGGCGCGGAGACCUGUGAGGAGAUGUGGUCCCCUCAGGCACCACAUAUUCCGAUGACCCUGGAUGGCGUUGAAAUUAUCACCAACAGCUCGGCCAGCCAUUUCAGCCUCCAGAAGCUCGAUGUGAGACUUAAGCUCAUUGGAGAAGCCACUCGCAAGUGCGGAGGUGUAUAUGUGUACUCGAACGUCCAAGGUGGCGACGGCGAGAGAUUGUAUUUUGACGGCUGCGCCAUGAUCUUCUGUAACGGAGAGGUGCUCGCGCAAAGCCCUCAGUUUUCACUCAACGAUGUGGACGUCGUCACUGCAACCAUUGAUCUUGAGGAAGUCCGAGCUUAUCGUUCGAGCAUGUCUCGAGCGCUACAGGCAGCGCGAAGCACUCAGAAGUAUCAUAGGAUUCAGACCUCUUUCGAGAUGAGCCCAGAAGAGGAUGAUAUGGACCUCUACCGCCGACCGACCCUGACUCGGGAAGCGAGGUUCCAUUCGGUUGAGGAAGAAGUUGCUCUCUGCGCCGGUUGUUACCUUUGGGAUUACCUGGCCCGGAGCAAGUCCGCAGGAUAUCUUGCUCCUCUUUCAGGCGGCCUGGACUCAUGUGCCACAACUGUGUCUGUCUUCUCGAUGUGUCGGCUCGUCAUCUCUGCGAUCAAAGAUGACAACCAGACAGUCAUCACUACAGUCAAGCGCAUGUUUGGUGACGCUCCCCUACCGAAGACGCCCCAGGAACUGUGCAACCGUGUUCUCCACACGAUCUACAUGGGAAUGUCGAAGCAAAGUUCUCAUGAGACGCGCCAGCGAGCGAAGGAUCUCUCCCAGGCCAUGGGCAGUUAUCACAUCAACCUGGACAUUGACUCUGUGUACCAAGCGCAGAAGGAUCUUGUCAAGACCUCGCUCGGCUUUGACGCGAAAUUUAAGGUGGAAGGUGGAACUGAAUCAGAAAAUUUGAUGCUGCAGAACAUUCAAGCACGCACACGAAUGGUGACUGCCUACGAGUUCGCCCAGAUCCUUCCGACAACACGCAAGCUGGCUGGUGGAGGCGGCCUGCUCGUCCUUGGAAGUGCCAAUGUUGGCGAGGCACUGAGAGGUUACCUCACCAAGUACGAUUGCUCGUCCGCGGACAUCAACCCCAUCGGAUCCAUCGACAAGGCGGACCUAAAACGCUUCAUUGCAUGGGCCCAGGUUCAAUUUGAAAUGCCGUGCCUCGAAGAGUUCCUGACUGCGACGCCCACUGCUGAACUAGAGCCCGUGACCGAAGACUACGUCCAAUCAGACGAAGCGGACAUGGGAAUGUCAUACGCUGAAUUGACCGUUUUUGGCCGUCUCCGUAAAGAGAGGAAGAUGGGACCGCUUUCCAUGUGGCAGCACCUCGUCCAUGUUUGGGGCAAGGACCGAGAGAAGGGUCCCGAGGAUGAGAAUCCCAUGCUUGAGCCCGCAGAAAUUGCGCAGAAGGUCAAAUUCUUCUUCGUGCACUAUGCAAUCACGCGUCACAAGGCUACCACCCUCACACCAGCCUUGCACUGCAAUGACUAUUCGCCCGAUGAUAACCGAUUCGACCUGAGGCCCUUCCUCUAUCCCUCGUUCUGGCAGAGCUGGAGCUUCAAGAGGAUUGAUAAGGAGCUCGCGCGUGUAGAAAAGGCCCGGAAGAAGGGUUGAGCAACCACAAACCAUGGCUAGGAGUAAUAGUGCAAGUUUGAAAUGUAUUUAUGCGCCUUGUAUGCGCCCGGUAUGAAUCCCCUGCUUGUGAGGCGAGGUCUGUUCU